AUGGUGGCCGGCUCCAGGUCGUCGUUGAGGCGUUCUACACUACGAGGCCACAAAUCAUCUCGGUCCAACAGUCCUAUCAACAACGAACCGCCACCUCUGCUCCCCAGAUCCGGCAAUGAAGGCAUAACACUCAGAUCGAAACGGCUUCGAGCUGCUACUGUCACCACGCCUGAGCAUGGUCUGAAGAGACGCCGAUUGUCGACGAACAAGAGCGAGACACCACCAUUACGUAUCCCGCUUCGCAGUCGAGGGGGUUUACCCAAAACCCUCUCACCACCUCCCGCCACUGCCCCGGCUGCAGUGCCUCCCAAACCUGCUCCAAAAGCAAAUACCGCACAUAUCAACAUUACACCCACCGACUCCCCUGUAUCUCCAGGCGAAAAGUCACAAUAUGAUCAGAUCAGAAUUAUUGAAGAGAGAGCAAGAGCCGCUAUUCAGGCGGGUGGUCCGUCUACAAACCACGAGGACCGGCGAAAAUUACGCUCAGAGGAUGGAGGGUCUCGGGCUAAAACGGAGCUGGCGCAGUAUUUCCCAGACUUUGAGGAGAUGUUGAGUCUGAAGCCGCCCGAUCCAGAAGCGUUGACACUCAGGACGAAAGUCGUCCUAGUUGACGAUACACCUAGCUUUGAGCCACCUCCCUCCAAGGCUGACCCCUUUGGAGCGCACAAGCCGCUCUACAACACACAAAUCAUCCGCUUGGGCCAACCCGGUGGUUCUGCGGAUCCUGAAGCAGUCGACCCUCUCGGUGAGGAUGUGUACUGCAAGAUUCAUGCAAAGGCUGAAAGGCAUGAGAAACAGAUGAAGAAUAGUGACAGGGAACGAGCCCAGCAUGAAAAGUACCAACUCGAGAAGCUCCUCGAUGACCUGCGGGGACCGGACUGGCUCAAGACUCUUGGAAUAACUGGUGUCACUGAGACCGAGAAGAAGCGAUACGAGCCCAAACGACUGAUGUUUAUUCGAGAAAUCCAAGCUUUGAUCAACAAGUUCAAACGAUGGAAAGAAGAGGAAAAACGCAGGAAGCUGGAGCGAGAACAGGAAUUGCUGGAAGCGGCCAUAGUGGGAGACGAAGAACAGGAUGAAGGCGAGGAUGCAGACAAUGAGUGUUCCAACAGCACCGCGGAAGGCAGUGUGGACAGCGCAUCGAGCCAUGCCCCGAAUUCCAGUGAGCUCGACGCGCUGGCGUCGCAACAACUGAUCGAGGAGGCGAAUAUUGCCCAUAAACGCAGAAGGCCGACAUCUGCACAAUGGAUCGACCCUUCACCGCCUAAGCCAUUUUCUUCUUUCUUUGACAAACGACAUCUGCGCGAUGCUGCGGUUGCAGGUCGUCAGAGGGGCCGGACGAUGCUUGCUUUUGGUCAUGCCGUUCCCGAGUUUUCAGACGAGGAAUUUAAAUUGCCGUGGGAUAUUCUCACGGAAGAAGCAAUCAAAUCAAGGCAUCGAUCUCACAGACGACUGAGGAGACGUCGUAGUUGA